CGCUCGGCGCUCGGCUGGGCCGGCCUGGCCCACAAUGAAUGGCCGCCGCGGCUGCCGCUGCUGCUGAGGCGGAGGCCGCGGAGGCCGCGGAGGCGGAGGCCGAGGCCCCGGCGCAGGGGGGCGCGCCCCGGGCCCAGGCCGGGCCUCAGCCGCCGCUGCGGAGCGCGGCCAGGGCGCAGCCUUCGCCAUGGCGCAGAUCCUGCAGAUGGAGAUCCCGAACUUCGGCAAUAGUAUCCUCGAGUGCCUCAACGAGCAGCGGCUGCAGGGCCUGUACUGCGACGUGUCGGUGGUGGUCAAGGGGCACGCCUUCAAGGCGCACCGCGCCGUGCUGGCGGCCAGCAGCUCCUACUUCCGGGACCUGUUCAACAGCAGCCGCAGCGCCGUGGUGGAGCUGCCAGCCGCCGUGCAGCCACAAUCCUUCCAGCAGAUCCUGAGCUUCUGCUACACGGGCCGCCUGAGCAUGAACGUGGGCGACCAGUUCCUGCUCAUGUACACGGCCGGCUUCCUGCAGAUCCAGGAGAUCAUGGAGAAGGGCACCGAGUUCUUCCUCAAGGUCAGCUCGCCCAGCUGCGACUCGCAGGGCCUGCACACGGAGGAGGCGCCCUCGUCCGAGCCCCAGAGCCCCGUGGCGCAGACGUCCGGCUGGCCGGCCUGCAGCACGCCGCUGCCCCUCGUGUCCCGGGUCAAGACGGAGCAGCAGGAGUCGGACUCGGUGCAGUGCACGCCGGUGGCCAAGCGCCUGUGGGACGGUGGCCCCAAGGAGCUUGGGGGCGGCGGCAGCAAUGGCAGCGGCAGCCGCAAGAUGGCCAAAUUCUCCGUGCCGGACCUGGCCGCCAACCGGCAGCCGCAGCAGGCGCCCGUGGUGGCGGCGGCCCAGCCGGCCGGGGUGGCCGUGGCCGCGGUGGUGGGAGCUGGGCAGCCGGCCAGCGGGGCAGCGGCAGCCGCGGCCGCCGGGGGCAUGGUGAGCGGGCCCAGCACGUCGGAGAGGACCAGCCCGGGCACCUCCAGCGCCUACACCAGUGACAGCCCCGGUUCCUACCACAACGAGGAGGACGAGGAGGAGGACGGCGGGGAGGAAGGCUCGGACGAGCAGUACCGCCAGAUCUGCAACAUGUACACCAUGUACAGCAUGAUGAACGUGGGUCCCGCAGCCGAGAAGGUGGAGGCCCUGCCCGAGCCCGUGACCCCAGAGUCCCGCAGUCGCAUCCGCGUACGGCAAGACCUGGCGUCGCUUCCGGCCGAGCUCAUCAACCAGAUCGGCAACCGCUGCCACCCCAAGCUCUACGACGAGGGCGACCCCUCGGAGAAGCUGGAGCUGGUGACAGGUACCAACGUGUACAUCACGAGGGCGCAGCUCAUGAACUGCCACGUGAGCGCCGGCACACGGCACAAGGUGCUGCUGCGGCGCCUCCUCGCCUCCUUCUUCGACAGGAACACGUUGGCCAACAGCUGCGGCACGGGUAUCCGUUCCUCCAGCAACGACCCCAGCCGCAAACCACUGGACAGCCGCGUCCUGCACGCCGUCAAGUACUACUGCCAGAACUUCGCCCCCAACUUCAAGGAGAGCGAGAUGAACGCCAUCGCGGCUGACAUGUGCACCAACGCGCGCCGCGUGGUGCGGAAGAGCUGGAUCCCCAAGCUGAAGCUGCUCACGGCCGAGGGCGACGCCUACACUACCUUCAUCAGCGACACGGGCAAGAUCGAGCCCGACGUGAUGGGCGUGGAGCACGGCUUCGAGCCGGCCAGCCACGAGAGCGAGGCGGGGCCCUCGGCCGAGGCCCUCCAGUGACCCGCCGUGGGCCAGGGGGUGGGGGGCCGCCACACUUCUGCCCCCACGCACCCCCGCCCCACCCAGUCCUGUCAC